AUGAAAGCCUUUGGGUGCUUUCUUGUCUUUUUUCUUUCAUUUUUCUCAUCCUUUUCUUCGGCUUUAACCGAUGCUGAGGCAGCUUAUAUAGCACGUCGUCAGCUUUUGCAACACCCACAUGAUGAUAGCCUUCCUAAUGACUUCGAAUUAGAGAUUGAUGCUAGUUUAACAUUCGCCAAUCCAAGGCUCAAGAAAGCCUACAUUGCCCUUCAAGCGUUCAAGAAAGCUAUUUAUUCAGAUCCACUGAACUUUACUGCUAAUUGGGGGGGUUCUAAUGUGUGCACCUACAAUGGUGUGUUCUGUGCGCAAGCGCUCGACGAUCCUAAACAGACUGUCGUCGCUGGGGUCGACUUGAACCACGCGGACAUUGCAGGACACCUACCUGUUGAGAUUGGUCACUUGGUGGACAUUAGUCUUCUCCACCUUAAUUCCAAUAGGUUUUGUGGGAUCAUUCCGAAAAGCAUUGCAAAGCUGACCCUUCUCUUUGAACUCGAUGUUAGCAACAAUCGCUUUGUUGGACCUUUCCCUGAGGUUGUCUUGGAGUUACCAUCUCUGAAAUACCUUGAUCUUAGGUACAAUGAUUUCGAAGGACCAUUGCCUCCCCAACUCUUCAAUAAGCCACUUGACGCACUUUUCUUGAAUGACAACCGGUUCCACUCAAUCAUCCCUGAAAAUUUAGGAAAUUCCACUGUUUCAGUGCUGGUUUUGUCAAACAACAAAAUCCAUGGUUGUAUUCCGAAGAGCAUUGGCAAAAUGGCAAACACACUGGAUGAAAUCCUUUUGUCAAACAAUGUACUCUCAGGUUGUUUGCCUGAAGAAAUAACACUCUUGAAGAGCGCCACAGUUUUCGACAUUAGCAAUAACAAGUUCGUUGGAGACCUACCCGUAGGCCUCGAAUACUUGCAGAGUGUGGAAGCUUUUGAUGCUGGACACAACGAGUUGAGAGGAAAGGUCCCGGAAAGUCUUUGCAGCCUACCAAGCUUGCAAAAUCUCACAUUUUCGAACAACUUUUUUGAGGCUAGAGAUGACGUUUGUGAACCUCAAGCAAUUCAAGGCCUUGUGGUAGAUGAUACAAACAAUUGUUUUGGGAAUUUGCCACACCAAAGAUCGGCUAAGGUUUGUUGGUCUGCAUUGAGGAAGCCAAUAGAUUGCACCAAAGCAGGAUGUAGGAGUUCGCCACCAGAAUCUGGUCCAAAGGACCCGCCCAAACAUACUCCGAUAAAACCAAACCCAAAGCCAGUAUCUCCACCACGACAAAAGCUGACGCCACCAACUAAGGCUGUGCCGGUUCCAUCCCAUUCGUUACCAAAUCCGACACCAAAACCAUCUCCCAAUCCUGUGAAACCUCCAUCAACCCGGUCGACACCAAAACCGCAACCACCAAAGCUUAAACCAGCUCCAACUCCAUUAGUUCCUACACCAACGCCAAAGGCUAACCCACCGAAGGUUUCCCCCUCAUCACCACCUACUCCGAGUGCUAAAUCAAAACCGCCACCAGUAUCGGUUCCUACCACACCAAUCCCUCCACGGGUGAAGACUCCACAACCACCAAACACUUUGGUUCCACCUCCAACUGUCAAAACACCAGUCUCAUCACCUCCACCAGCAGUUGCUUCACCCCUUCCUCCAAUUCAUUUACUACCACCACCGGUCUACUCACCCCCGCCACCAGUUUUCACUCCACCACCACCCGUGAGCUCACCUCCACCUCCACCUCCACCUCCACCUCCAUCUCCAUAUCUAGUUUUCUCCCCACCACCACCUGUCCAAUCACCUCCUCCACCCAUAAGCUCGCCACCGCCUCCAGUAUUCUCGCCACCACCACCCGUGCAGUCACCUCCGCCACCUCCAAUAUUCUCUCCACCACCACCCAUCCACUCACCGCCCCCACCACCUAAGAGCUCACCACCACCGCCUGUCCAAUCACCUCCCCCACCACCCAAGAGCUCACCACCACCUCCAGUAUUCUCCCCACCACCACCGGUCCAGUCACCUCCUCCACCACCCAAGAGCUCACCACCACCUCUAGUAUUCUCCCCACCACCACCGAUCCAGUCACCUCUUCCACCACCACCUCCACUUUUCUUCCCAGUCCAGUCACCUCCCCCCACACCAAAGAGCUCACCACCCCCUCCAGUUUUCUCCCCACCACCGCGUGUACAGUCACCUCCCCCACCACCCAAGAGCUCACCACCACCUCCAAUUGUCUCUCCAGCACCGCUUGUACAAUCACCUCCUCCUCCACCACCAGUAUCAUCUCCUCCUCCACCCGCUUCAUCACAAUCACCACCUCCGACGGAUGACUUCAUCCUCCCUCCAACCUUGGGCUUCCAAUAUGCAUCACCACCGCCGCCAUUUUUCCCGGGUUACUAA